GGCUGGGCUAUGAUCCCGCAGAGUCCGCCAUUUCCAAGGGGGAGAGGCGCUGAUGAGCCCCACCAAUACUCAGUACCUCUGGAUACUACACCCCCACUAGUUGAUGUUGCUUUGCUGGGGUCCCUCCACUCCCCGAAGUAAAGGAGUUUUCUUGCAUGUGGCUCGCUUACAUGGAUGGCCAACAAAACCAAAAACGAACAACACCCAGAUUGCGAAAUGAGCUUCACCCGGGCCACCGAAUCGAUCUCAAGCGAGGAAGAAGGGAGGUUCGAGUGAUGAUAGAGUGGUGGGGUGGGUAAAGCAGCAGCAGCACUUGGAUAUGGCUGAAGAAGAAACGGAUGUGGAAGGGAUUUGCUCACUACUACUACUACUACUAGGACUACAGUUUGUGCGGGAAUUAUGAGUAGCAGUAGUAGCAGCAGCAGCAGCAGCAGCCUGGUGGUCCCCUUGAAGAGGCAGGGCGUGCACCUCCAGCGUCGGUAGCAGGCAGACGGGCCAUCGUCGUUGGGUAUGGAGGCCGGCUGCCGCGAUAUGGUGGAAUUGUUGGGAGGGGGACGUGACGGGAACAGGUCAGAGCUUCGAUUAUUGCUGGAGAUUUUCGCAGUUUGUUGAAUGAUAUGACCCAUGGUCUGGUGGUGUGGUGGGAGGAAAUCGUCUCGGGACUCGGGAGUUGCAGCCAUCCAUGGCUGGGUGGCACGUGGUUUUUCCUAGAGCGAGAGUUGUUUGUGAAGGCGGUGGACGUUUGCGGCGGUGUUGAACGCUAGGGUGCGAGUUGUGCUAGUGGUGGGAGUUUUGGGGAGAUUUGGAGGAAUUUUGUUUUCCGGAGGGUGGAGAGUUCAUGGAGUUUGGGGGCGGGGGAGGGACUGUGGCUAUGGUGGUGGCUAUGUGGUUUUGGACAUAGCUCGGCAUGAGGAGGAGAGGGGCGUGGCGGGACGUCAUGAGGGGGAGACGCUGGGUGCAUUAUUGGGCACUCGCUGUGAACUUGGUAGUGGUGUUGUCAUGUUGGGGUUGUGAUGGCUUGUCGCCAGAUGGGAAAGCCCUCCUCGAGGUCAGGAGGAGUUUGAACGACCCGUAUGGGUACCUGAGCGAUUGGAACCCUGAUGACCAGUUCCCGUGCGAAUGGACUGGGGUAUUUUGCCCAAAUAACUCCCGGCACCGAGUGUGGGAUUUGUAUCUUGCGGAUCUGAACUUUUCAGGUACUAUCUCUCCCAGCAUUGGCAAGCUUGCGGCCCUCCGGUAUCUUAACCUGUCGUCGAACCGGCUGACCGGGUCCAUUCCGAAGGAAAUCGGGGGGCUGUCUCGUUUGAUUUAUCUAGAUUUGAGUACGAAUAACCUCACUGGCAACAUCCCCGCUGAGAUUGGGAAGCUCCGCGCGCUGGAGUCGCUCUACCUGAUGAACAAUGACCUCCAGGGACCCAUACCACCUGAAAUUGGUCAGAUGAGCGCUCUGCAGGAGUUGCUGUGCUACACUAACAAUUUGACCGGCCCUCUGCCGGCGUCUUUAGGGGAUUUGAAGGAGCUGCGUUAUAUUCGAGCUGGGCAAAAUGUCAUAGGAGGCCCCAUCCCAGUGGAAAUUUCGAACUGCACAAACCUCUUGUUCCUUGGGUUUGCUCAGAAUAAGUUGACAGGUAUAAUACCCCCGCAGCUUAGCCUUUUGACGAAUCUCACGCAGCUGGUGCUAUGGGAUAAUUUGUUAGAAGGGAGUAUACCGCCGGAGUUGGGCAAUCUCAAGCAGCUCCAGCUGCUGGCGCUCUACAGAAACGAGCUUAGGGGGACAAUUCCACCCGAGAUAGGAUACCUUCCUUUAUUGGACAAACUGUACAUUUAUUCCAAUAAUUUUGUGGGCUCCAUCCCUGAGAGUCUCGGCAACCUAACCUCCGUUCGAGAGAUCGAUCUUUCAGAGAAUUUUUUAACUGGUGGCAUUCCUUUGUCCAUAUUCCGUUUGCCCAAUUUGAUAUUAUUGCAUCUGUUCGAGAAUAGACUCUCCGGGUCGAUUCCAUUAGCUGCUGGAUUAGCACCCAAGCUAGCGUUUCUGGAUCUAUCCCUCAAUAACCUUAGUGGGAAUCUUCCAACUUCUCUGCAAGAGUCUCCGACCUUGACAAAGCUUCAAAUAUUUAGCAACAAUUUGUCUGGCGAUAUUCCCCCUUUGCUUGGGAGUUUCAGCAACCUCACCAUUUUGGAGUUGUCUCACAAUAUUCUUACGGGAAGCAUCCCCCCGCAAGUAUGUGCCAAGGGUUCCUUGACCCUGUUACAUCUGGCAUUUAACCGCUUGACGGGGACCAUCCCGCAGGGUUUACUCGGUUGCAUGUCCCUGCAACAGUUCGACGUGGAGGCUAACUUACUAACGGGUGAGAUUCUGCUGGAGGUUCCGAGUCUUCGCCAUUUGCGACAGCUGGAGCUUAGGAGCAACUUAUUCAGUGGCAUCAUCCCGUCUGAAAUCGGGGAGCUCUCCAAUUUGCAAGUUCUCUCAAUCGCUGAUAACCACUUCGACAGCGGCUUACCAAAAGAGAUAGGUCAGCUAUCUCAACUUGUCUACCUUAACGUCUCUUGUAAUUCACUUACCGGCAGCAUACCCCCCGAGAUUGGGAACUGUUCUCUACUCCAGCGCUUGGAUUUGAGCUACAACUCCUUCACCGGGAGCCUUCCCCCAGAACUUGGGGACUUGUACAGCAUUUCAAAUUUUGUUGCUGCCGAAAAUCAAUUUGAUGGCUCCAUCCCAGAUACUCUUCGCAAUUGCCAACGAUUACAGACGCUUCACUUGGGCGGUAAUCACUUCACCGGCUAUAUCCCCGCCUCUCUGGGGCAGAUUUCCUUUCUGCAGUAUGGAUUGAACCUCAGCCACAAUGCCCUCAUCGGUCGAAUUCCGGACGAAUUAGGGAAGCUGCAGUAUCUGGAGUUAUUGGACUUGUCACACAACAGACUGACGGGGCAGAUACCAGCCUCUCUUGCAGAUCUCACCAGUAUCAUUUACUUCAACGUUUCCAACAAUCCCCUCUCAGGGCAGCUACCCAGUACAGGCCUCUUUGCGAAGCUAAAUGAGAGCAGCUUCUACAACACGUCAGUCUGUGGAGGGCCGCUUCCGAUCGCAUGUCCACCGACAGUGGUCUUACCAACACCGAUGGCUCCUAUUUGGCAAGACUCCAGUGUUUCGGCGGGUGCUGUAGUGGGUAUAAUUGCAGUUGUGAUUGUUGGGGCUUUGUUGAUUAUAUUAAUCGGUGCAUGUUGGUUCUGUCGACGUCCACCUGGCGCUACACAAGUAGCAAGCGAGAAAGACAUGGAUGAAACGAUAUUUUUGCCCAGAACGGGGGUGAGUUUACAGGACAUCAUUGCAGCCACUGAGAAUUUCAGUAACACUAAGGUCAUAGGAAAAGGCGCGAGUGGAACAGUCUACAAAGCUGUGAUGGUGAGUGGUCAGGUCAUAGCGGUUAAGAAGAUGUCCACUCAGACAGAAUCAGGCUUGACUCAGAUUGAUAGCUUUACUGCGGAGAUCAAGACGCUGGGAAAAAUCCGGCACCGGAACAUUGUGAAGCUUCUGGGGUUUUGUUCAUAUCAGGGGUGUAAUCUUCUGAUGUAUGAUUACAUGCCGAAGGGGAGCUUGGGAGACCUCUUGGCGAAAGAAGACUGCGAGUUGGACUGGGACCUGCGAUAUAAGAUCGCUGUGGGUAGUGCCGAAGGACUGGAGUAUCUGCACCACGAUUGCAAGCCGUUAAUUUUACAUCGCGACAUCAAGUCCACCAACAUCCUUUUGGAUGAUCACUUCAAGGCACAUGUUGGAGAUUUUGGAUUGGCGAAGCUGUUUGAUUUUGCGGACACAAAAUCGAUGUCUGCUAUAGCAGGGUCUUAUGGAUACAUUGCGCCUGAGUAUGCAUAUACUAUGAACGUAACGGAGAAGAGUGACAUCUACAGCUUUGGCGUUGUGCUGCUUGAGUUGCUAACUGGGAGACAUCCAAUUCAACAUAUUGAUGAUGGGGGGGAUCUAGUGACGUGGGUGAAGGAGGCCAUGCAGUUGCACAGGUCCGUGAGCCGCAUCUUCGACACCAGAUUGGACUUGACAGACGUUGUUAUAAUUGAGGAGAUGUUGCUCGUUCUCAAAGUAGCCCUAUUUUGUACAAGUAGUUUGCCACAAGAAAGACCCACCAUGAGGGAGGUCGUGCGAAUGUUGAUGGAGGCCAGCACAAGAAAAGCUCGUGACUCCACGGAUUUGCAAUCAGAAACUCAAGACGCGUGUGAAAAUGGAGACUCUGUUUCUGAUGCGGCCGUCACCAGGGACACCGUCAUUGACACCAUAUCCGAAGGGGAUAACACCGAGAUGACUAUCUCUGAGGAGAUGGUGUCUGUGAAGAUCAUUUCUGAGAAUUCUGACAAGCCUUAGAUCGUUUGUUGGCUUCCCUGGUACAAUCACUCGGCAGGAAAGGGCUACUAGAGCAAUUCUCAAUCAAAUUGGUGGUUGGUGAAACUUCAUGUUGCAGUAUCACUUGCUUCACAGCGGUUAUGACAUGCAGAUCAGCAACUGCUGCUUGGUUGCUUUCCUGCUAUGAUACUGUAUUAUUCUGGGACAUCCUGGUAUAUUCUAUCGAAGCUGCUAACAGCUCUCCGUUGUAGAGUCUAGGGGUUUUGCAUAGAGAGUUGGAGGAACAAGCCGCAAGGAAUGUUCACCAUUGCUUUGAGCGUGGCUUCUGCAUCCACUCCUUGCAUUAACGGAAGUGUUGAUUUCUGCAGAAAGAGGUGCUUAACAGGCUCCCACCUGUAUAUUCCACAUGCCUCAGAUUGGCAAAACAUGGAGGUUCUGCUAUGCUCUUGAAUGCACAGAUGAAAUUCUUUUGGUCAGUAUAGGCUGGUGCGCAUUCACCUGUGUUUCCUCCUGCUCGAAGAAUAGGAACAGGAGCAGGAGCAGGAAAACCAGGAGACUCUUGGUAUAUUAUAGCGUGAAAGACAUCUGGUUUAAACCUGGAGAGAAAAUUUGUAUAUCUUUUCCAAAGACGAGGGGGGACACACACGUUAUAUAUCUUCCUUUCAAUAUGUGUACAAAGUUUCUGCGUUCCUAAAAGCUCAUUUCAUCAGA